GCCCCCUCCCUGCGUUCCUGCGCUCACGGUCCCGAGGUCGACUCAGGUGAGGGGGUCGGCCCGGAAGUCGCGAAGGAGCUUGCGGCGGAACCGUGCAGGCCUGCUCCUCAUCCCUGCAGGAAGCCAUGGCGAAAAGCAGAGCCGCCGAACGCUCGCAGACGGAGCCCCUGCAUGCGAACCCCGCCGGGGACAAGACCACGGGGGCGCGAGGAUCCCUGGCGCUGGACAGGGACCAUUUGAAGGAAAAAGCCUGUGCAGAAGCUGGGUCAGCAAGAACGUCACUUCUUAUAUUGGUGUCCAUUUUCUUAUCAGCAGCUUUUUUUAUGUUUUUGGUAUAUAAAAAUUUUCCACAGCUUAGUGAAGAAGAAAGAGUGAAUAUGAAGGUUCCCAGAGAUAUGGAUGAUGCCAAGGCUCUAGGAAAAGUUUUAUCCAAAUAUAAGGACACCUUUUAUGUACAAGUACUUGUAGCUUAUUUUGCUACAUAUAUAUUCUUGCAAACAUUUGCUAUUCCGGGCUCUAUAUUUCUCAGUAUUCUCUCGGGGUUCCUUUACCCCUUUCCACUAGCCUUAUUUCUUGUUUGUUUGUGUUCUGGACUUGGUGCCUCAUUCUGCUAUAUGCUCUCCUAUUUAGUUGGGAGACCAGUUGUAUACAAAUACUUAACAGAAAAAGCAGUCAAAUGGUCACAACAGGUUGAACGCCAUCGAGAACAUCUCAUUAACUACAUCAUAUUUUUGAGAAUAACACCAUUUCUGCCUAACUGGUUUAUUAACAUUACGUCUCCUGUGAUAAAUGUGCCAUUGAAAGUUUUUUUUAUUGGCACUUUUCUAGGUGUUGCACCUCCCUCUUUUGUCGCAAUUAAGGCUGGAACAACACUGUAUCAGCUCACAACCGCAGGGGAAGCGGUUUCAUGGAACUCAGUAUUUGUCCUCAUGAUUUUAGCCCUCCUCUCUAUUCUGCCAGCCAUCUUCCAAAAGAAACUAAAGCGGAAAUUUGAGUAAAAAUCAUCUGGUUUUAGUUUUCAGAUCAUCUUCAUCACUGUCACUAUCAUCUCAGAAUUGGCAGGUUCAUGUGUUAAAUGAUCUCUUCAGUAAUUGAAACUGGAAUUGUUGAAAUAAAAUUCAUUAUCAGACAGAAUAAUGCAUUUCAGUAGUAAGGAAGAAACAAAAGGAAAAAUGAAUAUACUAUGAGGGGCCAGAGCCAUAGC